AUGAUGCCACCACAGAACGAUGUGCCUUCUCUGGAUGAUAUCUGGGCAGCCAAUUGUCAAGUCUUGUUCUUCGUCAAUGUGCGUCGAACUAAUCCUGUCCAACCAGAUAAAUUAUGGCCCACUGCACGUGUUCGCUCUCUGUGGCCGGAGAAAUCGAAAGCUGCCGAUCUGGUCACCUAUUUAGAUAAACAUUACGGUGCGAACCUUGGACGGGCGAACAACCGAUUCUAUGUGCAUCAAGGUAUUCUCACUCCGGAUAAGGAUUACGUGCUUCGUCAUGUCGCCGGUUCUCUUCGUCAUCUGGCCAACAAGGCCGGAGCCGUAUUUCUCAACUGGUUACGGGAGGAGGAACGCCAAGCCGGUCCGCUUGGGGUCAAUAUCACACUGCUCGAUUUUGCUGUGACUGAUUUUCCGGACUACGUGUCCACGGUCCUGGAACUAAAUCAUAAAACAUGGCCCGGAAACGGGCAGUAA